AUGAAGCGGCAAAGCUCGCAGCCAGUCGACCGGGAUGCCAUCCAGAAGCAGUCGCAGGGCUCUCACUGGCGUUUGUCAACCGGACAUGCACCAAGAAAAUCCAAAACCGCAAACAAGCCUGGCUUGCCCAGGAUUGUGCAUAGCGUUCCCGCUGCAAACAGCGAACCUAUCGACCGUAUCGAGGCUGGGCACUGGACUCAGUCGCAUCGAGAGCCCUAA